AUCAUGACUGCAUGAUGGCGUGAAGUGAAAGUAGAGCAUGGUUGGUGUUUCCUUGCCUCCUGUGUUAGCGUUUAAGAUCACACCAUUGUGCUCUAUAUUACAUCAUACAAAAUAUGUGCGAUCAAUUAUUUAUGAUGCAUUUGGCAGUGGUGGAACCAGAACUCAGAUCUUUUACGUCAGUGAAAAUAUUAAUACCACAGUAUGGAAAUACUCUGUUACAAGUAAAAUAACUGCAUUCAAAUGUAUUAGCAUCAACAUAGUACUUAAAGUACUCUUUAUGCAGAUUGAUCCAUUUCUGAAUAAAGUAUAUUAUUUAAAUAUUGAUGCAUUAAUAUGCUACUUAAAUGUUGCUUCUAGUAAAGGUGUGUAUUUCAUCAAGGAUUCGGUAAAAUCUUAUCUUUAUCGAUAAUAAUACAUAAUUUAUUUGUUGGUUAUAAUUUGUAUUGAUCUGAAUCUGCAAAGUAAAUAGUAACUCAAUGUAUCAAAUAAAUGUAGUGGAGUACAGUAUUAUAGGCCGAGUGGAGUAGAAGUAUAAAGUAGCGAGAAAGGAAAAUUCUCAAGUUAUGUGCAAGUACCGCAAAAUGUAACUUAAAUGCAGUACUUCAGAAAAUGUACUUAGUUACUUUCCACCACUGGCAUUUGGCCACUGAUACUUGUUAUUACUAGCACCCCCUACUGGUAGGAUUUCUAAAAAUCCCCAUUAAUUUCCAACUGAAUGAUAAACAAUAUAUCUAUGUGUUCAUUAGUAUGGUCUUUGAUAGGGACAGACAUAGUUGUGAAGUCUGGUAGAAAACGUUUUAGAGAAGCUAUGUUUUGUUUUGUUUUGCUUGUUUUCUUCCCUCGGCGCUCUGGCCAAUGUGUGUUGCAGCCGGUUCACAGGCCACAGAGGGAAACACGGAAGUGCUGCAUUCGGCAAGACUACGGCUAGAAUGGCGCUUCGGACGGUUGCGAGUCGUGUGUUGCACUUUCAGAGGAACAAUUUGAAGACUGUCUCCAUCCAAACACUUGUCAGAUUCAUAAGAAGCUGUCCAGUUGAAGUGAGCUGUCUGGAUCAUUUGGUUUUAACAGUUAAAAGUGUGCCAGACACCAUCAACUUUUAUACCUCAGUCCUUGGCAUGAAGGUUAUCACUUUCAAGGGAAAUCGUAAGGCCCUGAGUUUUGGGCAGCAGAAGUUUAACCUUCACCAGCUGGGUCAGGAGUUUGAGCCCAAAGCAAAGCAUCCAACGUCAGGCUCUGCAGAUCUGUGCCUCAUCACCAAAACCUCCCUCACUACAGUGGCUUCACAUCUGAAGGUGUGUGGGGUCGAGCUAGAGCAUGGUCCAGUGGUGAGGAGCGGAGCUGUGGGGACCAUCACUUCUCUGUACUUCAGAGAUCCAGAUCACAAUCUCAUCGAAGUGUCAAACUAUACCCAGCCAAUGCCAGAGGAAUCUUCUUAAGACUUCAAUGUUUGUGAAUAGACCCAGCUCUGUCUGCUGGACCCACUUUGUACAACUAAGGUUUGAGCUUUACAGUUUUAGAUCCACAUUACUGUAAUUGAUGUGCACUAUUUUCAGACUGGAUCAGCUCAGUUAGCUGUGCAGAGACACUGUUCCUGUAUAGCUCUACCCACCAGUGGUUUCUAUUUUAAUUCUGCGUAGUAAAGGAUGUUUUAGCACUUUGUGAAGAGAAACUGAACACUUAAACAAAUCAUUGCUUUUUCUGCAGAAAUAAAAGUUUCUUCUAUGCA